CCGCCUGUCGCCACCAUGAGCUGCGCCGCGCUGCUGGGACUCCGGGGACCGCGGCUCCUAGGGGCCGCUGCCCGCCCGCCUCGCUGGAGCAGGCGGCGCAGUGGCGGCUGCGAGCCCCCGGCAGGGGCCGCCGUGCGCAUCGGCUGCGCCUCGGGCUUUUGGGGUGAUACAGCGGCCUCGGUGCCGCAGCUGCUAUACGGGGGAAAGCUGGAUUUCCUCGUCUUCGAUUAUCUCUCCGAGAUCACCAUGUCGUUGUUGACGGCCGCCAAAGCCCAAUCUCCUGAUUUAGGUUAUGCUACAGAUUUUGUCUCUGCUGCCAUGGCUCCCUAUGUAAAAGAUAUUCACCGGAAAGGUGUUCGUGUCAUCAGUAAUGCUGGUGGAAUUAAUCCACUUGCAUGUGCAUCUGCCCUUCAGGAGGUGGCAAAGAAAGCAGAUGUUGAUUUGAAAAUAGCUGUUGUUGCUGGCGAUGACCUAAUGAGUGAGAAAGAGAUCAUAAAAGGAGCUGGUAUCACCGAUUUAGAGAGUGGCAAACAGUUUCCAGAGAGUGUUCACAGCAUGAAUGCAUAUCUUGGUGCAAGACCAAUAAGCAGGGCCCUUGACCUCGGAGCUGAUAUCGUUGUGACGGGUAGAUGUGUUGACAGUGGGAUUGUAUUAGGACCACUCAUUCAUUCUUUUGGCUGGAAUAGGGAUGAAUUUGACUUACUCGCUGCGGGAAGCCUUGCAGGUCAUCUCAUUGAAUGUGGUGCUCAGUGUACAGGUGGAAUAUUCACUGAUUGGCAUGAAGUACCAGACUGGCACAACAUAGGCUUUCCCAUUGUAGAGUGUUCCUCUGAAGGAGACUUUAUUCUUUCCAAACCACCAGACACAGGGGGACUAAUCUCUUUUGGCACUGUGGCUGAACAGUUGGUGUAUGAAUUGGGCAAUCCUCAGCGCUAUCUUUUACCAGAUGUCACAUGUGACUUUUCCCAAGUCUCCAUCACUGAAAUUCCAGGUUUUGAUGGUGGAGCAGUAAAAGUUCAUGGAGCAAAAGGAUCACCUCCUUCAACAUUUUAUAAGGUAAAUGCCACUUAUCUUGAUGGCUUCAGAGCUACUGCUGUUUGUCCAGUGGGAGGUCCAAAAGCAGUACAAAAAGCAAAACGCACGGCAGAAAGCAUUCUGCAAAGGACUCGUCUUAUUUUCAGUCAGCUUGGGUAUGAAGAUUACAGUGCAGUUAACAUACAGGUUUUAGGGUCUGAAGAUACAUAUGGACCUCAUGCUAGAAGGAGUAUAGAUGGUCAGGGUCCUCGGGAAGCUGUUAUUUGGCUUGCUGUACACCAUAAACAAAAAGAAGCUGUAGAAAUCUUCUCCAGAGAGAUUGCACCAGCUGGAACUGGCAUGGCACCCGGCCUCACUGGAAUUGUUGGAGGGCGCCCCAGAGUGUCUCCAGUUUUGAAGCCAUUUUUCUUCUGUUAUCCCAAAAGCAAUGUUCAGAUCAACCUCUUUUUAAAUGGGCAGCAUGUUGAGACAUUUGAGGAGGAUCUCACAUUUACAUCAGAUGAGGUUGUUUCAGUUGAUCCACCUAAGAUUAGCAGUGAAUUGAAAGAUCUGCCGAGUGGUCCACAUACUUACCGCUUAGAAGAUCUGGCCUACACUAGAAGUGGAGACAAAGGCAACUCUGCCAACAUAGGUGUGGUAGCGCGGCAUCCCCUCUACUAUCCAUACCUAAAGAAAACUUUAACUGCCCAAGCCUUGGAGAACUACUUCCAGCACCUUUUAGAGCAAGAAAAACCCAAAGAAGGACUAGUAACAAGAUAUGAGUUGCCAGGAAUCCAUGGAUUAAAUUUUGUUCUGAAGAAUUCCCUUGGUGGUGGAGGCAUAGCAUCUCUAAGAAGUGACCCACAGGGUAAAGCAUUUGGACAGAUGCUGUUGGAUUUCCAGAUUAAAAAUGUUCCUGAUUUAAAAUCACUUAUAGAGUAACAGGUGUUUAACACAUAUGCUUUUAACACUGUGGUAUAAAAACGUGUUAUAAACAAAAACUGGCUUAUUGAGUGAGAUUUUUUUUUUAAGUUAGAAAUUAGUGACAGUUAUCUCUCAGAGGCUUAGCUAUAUGGCACAGAUCAGCAAAUGUUUUGAGUAAUAGCAGACUAAUAGCUUUGUCUGUGACUGAUAACAUUUCCUGUCUAGAUAAUACAUUGGAUGAAGAAUUAAUUUAUUUCCUGUAAAAUAGAAUUAAUCAAAUUGCAACAUAACACUCAAUUAUGAGAUUAGAUAGUCUUUGUUCUGAGAUGGAAGUUGCCUCCUGUUCAGUCCACCUCUCUCUUCCUUCUCUCAAUCUUCAUUGGAAAAUGAAAUGGACCAAGAGAGUUGCAUUCCUGUCAGCUUUGUUUGUCCUGUGCCUAGAGUGAGGCUGGGUAACCUGCCGUGCAUCGCAGUGGAGUCAGCCCUGUCUGCUGCAGGGGAACAGCCUUACCUAUGGGGCAGUCGGGUCACGGCUGUUAGCGUUAUAGUGGGGCUGGCAGGAUGUGCUGACCUUUGAUCACCAUCCACCAGACUUCCAGCACCUUGUCCAGUUAAUGAAAGACUUCAUUAUCAUAGUUUCCAACUUCUCUUAGCACUUAGUCCAUCAGUUGAAAGCAUUGACUAGUGGUGAAUCUGCAGAUCUUGGGGUGCAAAUGGAUUUGAAGAUGAGGGUGGGAGGGAGUGCUGUGAGGGAGGCUGUCUGCUCACCCUACAACGCAGCCUUGGCAGGGAGGAAGGGCUGGUGCUGGAGGGCUGCCUCCUCAUGUUUCAGGGCUGUUAAACACUCACACUGUGCAGUAGAGUCCUGCCAGGAUUAAGUUCAUUUGACUGUAGUUUGCAUCACUCUUCCCACAGAAAGGCCCACUAACUUUUCUUGGGGAGGUCUGCCUACUGCUGUGAAGGAAUACCAUGUUGAAUGUAGUGCGCUUUGGCCAUCUUCUGCCUCCCAGCUGCCCCUCCCCAUCUCCCUGCCUGCAAAAUAUUACUGGCAUGCUUAAAUUGGGUUACUCCUGAACUACUUCACCUGAUUUAAGCAGAGUCUUACAAGUAUCGUACUUACUGAGACAAUAACUGUCUGUAUGUCCUCACAGAAGCUAUAUGAAUGUUACUCCACAUGUUCAGGCAUUUUAUAUUCAGAAUUUUUUUUUCCUUUAUUUUGGAGGGAUUAUAUUAAUUGUUUAAUGCUGACAAUAUGGGACAUUACUGAUAUCAAGUAAAAUAAUGAAAAUAGGGAUUUUGUAGUCAUCACCAAAACUAUUUGUUAGUUGUCCCUAAAUCCCAAUGUGUGUCACUGUUCUUACUCAUUUCCUAGUGUCUUCCUUGUUAAUGAGGACUACAUUUGUGGCUUUGUUCAUUUGAAUGGAGGAUAACAUCAGCUUUAUCCAUCUAAACAUGUUACUUUCCUAGUGACGCAUAAGUACUACCCGUGUAUGCAGCAUGGUUCUGCCUAGUUUCAAAAAUGAGUCGUUACUUCAUUUUUAUUGUGUUUAGAGUCGUUCAUUAGCAAACUUGUUAAUUAUUUGGAAGCCUGUUAGUUUAGCAAAGCAGACAAAGGUAUUGAGAGGAAGUAAAAAACUAGCAAACACCUCAGUAGCAAACCUACAAGGUUGAAAAGGCUACAGUAAAGAUUUACGGUUCACUCAGUAUGCUGCUUAAGAGACUCUGUAAAUGUGUAUGCCAUAAUUUUUGAAUAAAAA